GGCGCGGGGAGGAGCGCGGAGGCGGCUGCUGGCACCGCACAGGGCUCGGUCGCGCGGCCCGCUGCUUUUGGUCGCGGGAGCCGCACAGUGCAGUCCGCGGGACACAAGGCCAUCAGUAAUCAUGAGCAACCCAUUCACCCACCUUGCUGAGCCAUUGGAUCCUACACAACCAGGAAAGAAAUUCUUCAAUUUGAAUAAAUUGGAGGAUUCAAGAUAUGGACGCUUACCGUUUUCCAUCAGAGUUCUCCUGGAGGCAGCCAUUCGGAACUGCGAUGAAUUUUUGGUGAAGAAAAAUGACAUUGAAAAUAUCCUAAAUUGGAAGGUCAUGCAACAUGAGAACAUAGAGGUGCCAUUUAAGCCUGCCCGUGUCAUCCUGCAGGACUUUACGGGUGUGCCAACUGUGGUUGACUUUGCUGCAAUGCGUGAUGCUGUGAAAAAGUUAGGAGGAGAUCCAGAGAAAAUAAACCCUAUCUGUCCUGCUGACCUUGUAAUUGAUCAUUCCAUCCAGGUUGAUUUCAACAGAAGGGCAGACAGUUUACAGAAGAAUCAAGACUUGGAAUUUGAAAGAAAUAGAGAACGAUUUGAGUUUUUAAAGUGGGGUUCCCAGGCCUUUCACAACAUGAGGAUUAUUCCCCCUGGCUCAGGAAUCAUCCACCAAGUGAACCUGGAAUAUUUGGCAAGAGUGGUAUUCGAUCAGGAUGGGUACUAUUACCCAGACAGCCUCGUGGGCACUGACUCGCACACUACCAUGAUUGACGGUUUGGGUGUUCUCGGUUGGGGUGUGGGUGGAAUAGAAGCAGAAGCUGUCAUGCUGGGUCAGCCAAUCAGCAUGGUGCUUCCCCAGGUGAUUGGCUACAGGCUGAUGGGAAAGCCUCACCCUCUUGUAACAUCCACUGACAUCGUGCUCACAAUUACCAAGCACCUCCGCCAGGUUGGGGUAGUGGGCAAAUUUGUGGAGUUCUUUGGGCCAGGAGUAGCCCAGUUGUCCAUUGCCGACCGAGCUACGAUUGCUAACAUGUGUCCCGAGUAUGGAGCAACUGCUGCCUUUUUCCCGGUUGAUGAAGUUAGUAUCCAGUACCUGGUGCAGACAGGUCGUGAUGAAAAAAAGGUAAAGCACAUUAAAAAAUAUCUUCAGGCUGCAGGAAUGUUUCGAGAUUUCAGUGAUUCCUCUCAAGAUCCAGACUUCGCCCAGGUUGUGGAGUUAGAUUUGAAAAUAGUAGUACCUUGCUGCAGUGGACCCAAAAGGCCUCAGGACAAAGUCGCGGUGUCUGACAUGAAGAAGGACUUUGAGAGCUGCCUUGGAGCUAAGCAAGGAUUUAAAGGAUUCCAAGUUGCUCUGGACCAUCAUAAUGACCACAAGACAUUUAUCUAUGAUAAUAGUGAAUUCACCCUUGCUCAUGGUUCUGUGGUCAUCGCUGCCAUUACUAGCUGCACAAACACCAGUAAUCCAUCUGUGAUGUUAGGAGCAGGACUGUUAGCAAAGAAAGCUGUGGAUGCUGGCCUGAAUGUGAAGCCUUACAUCAAAACUAGCCUGUCUCCUGGAAGUGGUGUGGUCACCUACUACCUACGAGAAAGCGGAGUCAUGCCUUAUCUGUCUCAGCUUGGGUUUGACGUGGUGGGCUAUGGCUGCAUGACCUGCAUUGGCAACAGUGGGCCCUUGCCGGAACCUGUGGUAGAAGCCAUCACGCAGGGAGACAUUGUAGCUGUUGGAGUACUGUCUGGGAACAGGAAUUUUGAAGGUCGAGUCCACCCCAACACUCGGGCCAAUUAUUUAGCCUCCCCACCCUUAGUAAUAGCAUAUGCAAUCGCUGGGACCAUCAGGAUCAACUUUGAGAAAGAGCCAUUGGGGGUAAAUGCAAAGGGACAACCAGUAUUUCUGAAAGAUAUCUGGCCUACCAGAGAUGAGAUCCAGGCAGUAGAGCGUCAGUAUGUCAUCCCGGGGAUAUUUAAGGAGGUCUACCAGAAAAUUGAGACUGUGAAUGAAAGCUGGAAUGCCUUAUCAGCCCCAUCAGACAAGCUGUAUUUGUGGAAUCCCAAAUCUACAUACAUUAAAUCACCACCAUUCUUUGAAAACCUGACUUUGAAUCUUCAGCCCCCUAAAUCUAUAGUGGAUGCCUAUGUGCUAUUAAAUUUGGGAGAUUCAGUAACAACGGACCACAUCUCUCCAGCUGGAAAUAUUGCAAGAAACAGCCCUGCUGCUCGCUAUUUAACUAACAGAGGCCUGACUCCACGAGAAUUCAACUCCUAUGGCUCCCGCCGAGGUAAUGACGCCAUCAUGACACGGGGGACGUUUGCCAACAUUCGCUUGUUAAACAAAUUUUUGAACAAGCAGGCACCACAGACUAUACACCUGCCUUCUGGAGAAAUUCUUGAUGUGUUCGAUGCUGCUGAGCGGUACCAGCAGACAGGCGUUCCCCUGAUCGUUCUGGCUGGCAAAGAGUACGGCGCAGGCAGCUCCCGAGACUGGGCAGCCAAGGGCCCUUUCAUGCUGGGAAUCAAAGCUGUCCUAGCUGAGAGUUAUGAGCGCAUUCACCGCAGUAACCUGGUCGGAAUGGGGGUGAUCCCCCUUGAAUAUCUCCCUGGUGAGAAAGCAGACACCCUGGGACUCACAGGGCGGGAACGAUACACUAUCAUAAUCCCAGAAAACCUCAAACCACGAAUGAAAGUCCAGGUCAAGCUGGAUACCGGGAAGACCUUCCAGGCUAUCAUGAGGUUCGACACCGACGUGGAACUCACUUAUUUCCACAACGGGGGCAUCCUCAACUACAUGAUCCGCAAGAUGGCCAAGUAGGCCCUCAUUUCUUAGGAGACUUGCCCUCAGUGCUGCCCCAAGUGCCUCCCACAGUGGGGUACUCCACAGAGGGGUACAAGCCUCCCCCACUGCCUCCACAGAGGGGUGCCACCUCGCAGACGGAGCACUGGGGUCUUGGUGCCAUUCCUGCAGGCACAAAACCAGAAGUUUCUACAUUUUAUGCUUUUGUUAAUGAGAGAAGCAAGCUCAUCUAUUAAGUUACUGAUCACAGGAUGUUGAUUUUUCACUCUUACCAAUUAAUCUUCAGCUGAACACAAGGACGUCUUCCCGGAAGGUGUCUCCUACCCUUUUUAUUAUUCCUCUCAUCCUCUGCUCAAUGAAACUUUUCCCUUCAGGGUCAUUUUCCUUUGCAUAUUAUACCAGUGAUAACUGACAUGGGUAGAUGAGAGCUUUUUACACUUCAGAUCAUAGUUAUUAUUGUGAUUCUCUCUCCUCUUCCGUUCUCCUUCAGAGUGAGUGAUCCAAACACCUUAUGGACAGGUCAGAUGUUGAGUGUUUUAAAUUAUGUAUGUACCUUUUGAUAGCUCAACAUAAAAAGAAAUACAAAGUUUUCUUUUACUACCUUCAAAAAAUUUUCCCAGAAAAUAUUUUUGUCAAGAGGAGACCUUUGUUUGGAAGUGGUUUGGGAGAGAGGCACAGAACAUUUCUAAUUUGAAUAAUAUUAAAUCUAUUUUCAAAGAAAACUUGUUGAUUUUGGAAUUGAGUUUCGCUGUGUGUGUGUGGCUAUAACUUGGAGGUAUUCAGAGCAGAGUGAGUCUCAGACCACAUCAUCUUGAACCCUGAAUGGCCUUCGUGCUUUUCUGUUCUUACAACUACAUCAGACCUGUGCAGGUACAGUGGAAGUGUUGAGGAACCUGUAUGUUCUCUGCCCUGUUCGGGAGCAGACAAGAAGAAAGAAUAGCCUGGUAGCAGUAGCAAUGAUGUUAAGUAUGGUAAGCAAAUCACAGCUUUUUAGUGUCCUGAAGUUUAUCUGCUCAUUUUUAUCAAUGAUGUUAUUUCAGGGCAUGUCUUAGUCUGCUCAGGCUGCCAUAACAAAAUAUCACCAGCUGAGUGGCUUAAGUCACAGAAAUUUAUUUUCUCACAGUUCUGGGGGCUGGAAGUCCAAGAUCAAGGUUCCAGCCACUUUGAUUUCUAGUGAGGGCAGUCUUCCUGGCUUGCAGGGGGUCGCCUUCUUGCUAUGACCUUAUGUGGCCUUUCCUUGGUACAUGCCUGAAAAGAGGGAGAGGGAAAGAGAAUGGGCUCUCUGGUGUCUCUUUAUAUAAGGACACUGAUUGUAUCAGAUCAGAGUCCUAUCCUUAUGAUAUCACUUAACGUUAAUUACUUCCUUAGAGGUCCCAUCUCCAAAUAUAGCCACAUUAGGAGGUUAGGUACUCAACAUAUGAAUUUUGGAAGGACACAAACAUUGAAUCCAUAACAGGGUACCUUAUACUUACAGGUCAACCCCCUUGCAGUGAAUAUUUUUUAAAUUUGUCACCCACACUUUAAUAUGAGGUUAGCAACACCAUGAAAGAGGACAAGUAUUAUUAGUUCCACUGUACAUAUCAGAGAGGUAAAAUAACAAAUCUUAGAUCUAGUAAGUGGAAGUGCCAGGACUUCAGAGCCAGUUUUCUAAACCUAAUACUAGAGAUUUUUCUAAAUUUCUAAGAAUUGACAUUUGGAAUAUAUGAGAUCUCCAGGUCUUAGCAAUUUGAAGAUCAUGGAUAAAACCCUUUAAAUUCCCUCCCUGUUUGUUUUCUGUCUCUGGAAGCCAGCCUGCCACCUGUUUUCUUGGACUGUCAUGCUGUGGGCCUGAUCUCCAGUGUCCCAGGGCUUCCAGGCUGCAUGAGAACCACAGCAUUAGGGACAUCACCUAGCUCCACACAAUGGUUUAUCUGUCUGAGCUUUGGCUACAGCCCAGCCAGUGCCCCUGUUAUGGAUUAAAAUUGAAUCAUUUCUUUUUUUAAAAAAAAUUUUAAUUGACAAAAAUUGUACAUAUGCACAACAUGAUGGUUUGAAAUAUGUAUACAUUGUGGAAUAGCUAACUCGAACAAAUUAACAUAUGCAUUACCUCACAUACUUGUCAUCUUUUGUGAUAAGAACACUUAAAAUCUACUCUAAACAGUUUUCAAGAAUAUAAUACAUUGUUAUUAACUGUAGUCACCAUGUUGUAUUUCUUGAAUUCCUCCUAACUGAAGUUUUGUAUCCUUGACCAACAUCUCCCCAAUAUCCCCCCUUCCAGUCCCUGAUAACUUCUGUUCUCUGCUUUUUUGAGUUUGACU